UGGGGCGGGCGGCAGCAGGGCUGGGAGUUCAGGUGUGCAGUCGCUCGUCGGGGCAGCCGGCUGCGGCGGCUCCAGGGCCCAGCAUGCGCGGGCGGCCUCGCGGCCACCAUGUACGUGGGCUAUGUGCUGGACAAGGAUUCCCCCGUGUACCCCGGCCCUGCCAGGCCCGCUAGUCUCAGCCUGGGCCCACAAGCCUACGGCCCUCCGCCCCCGCCCCCUGGACCCCCGCAGUACCCAGAUUUCACCGGCUACUCUCACGUGGAGCCGGGCCCCGUGCCCCCUGCAGCCUGGAGUGCGCCCUUCUCUGCGCCCAAGGACGAAUGGGCUGCCGCCUACGGCCCGGGCCCCACGGCUCCCACAGCCAGCCCGGCCCCGCUGGCAUUCGGGCCCCCUCCGGACUUUGGCGCGGUGCCCACGCCCCCGGGGCCUGGCCCGGGUCUCCUGGCGCAGCCCCUCGGCGGCCCAGGCACACCUUCCUCACCCGGAGCUCAAAGGCGGACACCCUACGAGUGGAUGCGGCGCAGCGUGGCGGCUGGAGGCGGCGGUGGCAGCGGUAAGACUCGGACCAAGGACAAAUACCGGGUGGUCUAUACCGACCACCAGCGCCUGGAGCUGGAGAAGGAGUUCCAUUACAGCCGUUACAUCACCAUCCGGCGGAAAUCAGAGCUGGCCGCCAACCUGGGGCUCACUGAACGGCAGGUGAAGAUCUGGUUCCAAAACCGGCGGGCCAAGGAGCGCAAAGUGAAUAAGAAGAAGCAGCAGCAGCAGCCUCCACAGCCACCCCCACCAGCCCAUGACAUCACCCCCACCCCAGCAGGGCCACCCCUGGGGGGCCUGUGCCCCAGCUCUGCCAGCCUCCUGGGUGCCUCCUCCCCAGUGCCUGUCAAGGAGGAAUAUCUGCCAUAGCCCCCUAACCAGCCUUGUGGGCUGGGGGCCUUGAGGACUCAGGUGCUGGGAAUGUGGCUUCUGUGGGGGCCCAGGAGUCUGAGUCCCAAGCCAUACCACUGACCUUCUGAGUAACCCUGGACAAAUCACCCACCUACUCCCUGCAUCCCCUGGGCCCAACCGUGCAGUGAACCUGUUGAAUAGGACCUUUUCCCACUUUGGUGUUCUAGGCCUCAGGGGGAUAAGGGUGCCUGGGGUGGGAAGCCUUAAUUCCCAGGAGGCAAGGUGAGGAGGAUCUAGCUCCUUCUCCAUAGGCUCAAAGGUGGGAGGCUGUUGUAGGGACCAGACUCCUGGAGAAAGGAGAUGGAAUCCAGGGAAGAUGGCUUGCAGACCAUGACCUGAGGGGGUCCAAGGGAAGGGUGUCAGCUGCCACCUGCCUUUUCCUGCAGGCUCACGUCUACCUGCCCCCAUCAUCACAUGACUCGAACCCUCUCCUUGUGGGAUGCAAAGUACAAAGCCUGCAGGAUUGAGCCUGGGCAAGAGAUGAGCAUCCUCUCUGAGCUACACAGCAUAUCCCCAUAUCAGUGGGGUUUCCAGAUUGUGGGGAGGCCCCUGCAGGGGACACAGGGGCAGAGUCUACCCUACCAAGUUUCUACCACCCCACCAGGCUGUCCCUUGGGGACCACGCCUCAGAGAGCCCCCAGAGGACUUUCUCUGAACCAAACAGACCUCACAACUGGGCAAGUGUGUUGCACAGAGAAUGGAAUCUCUUGGAUGCAGCUUCAAGAAUAAACUUUUUUUUCUCUUUUUAAAAAUGUAUAAAAAUCAUUAUAAAUAGCAUGAAAGGAAACAGCAACUGCAUAGUCCCUCCUAGUCUCUGCAGGCAUACAACAAGGUCACCUUUAAAACACAUUUGAAAGAUCAAAACACUACAUCAUUAGAGUAAGUCUAUGAGACUGUGUCAAAUUUUAAGUCCAUUUUGUAAGCAGAAUCAUCAGAUUCAAUGUUUCAGUCUUUUGAAUUUUUCAAAUACUCAGGGAUUUCUUUUAACAGAUGACAUUCGUUGGGUACUCCCACGUGCCAGGCAUGGCUGGACCUGGGGAAUGCACAGUCCUUGCCCCCAGAAUUCCUAGUCUGAGCUAUGCUUUAGGUAUCAGGGGAGCAGAGCAUCCAGGGAGUCCAGAAAGAGCUCCCAGCUUAUCUUAGAGGAUCUGGAAGGCUUCCUGGAGAAGGGGAUGUUCGAAGUGAGGCCUAUAGGACUAGUGGAUGUUGUCAAGCCAAGACGGAGGGAUGGUUAAAAAAAAAAAAAAGAUUAUGAGCAACAUGAGCUUGAAGUCUACUUUUUAGAAACUCCUGCUAUUGUCAGCUCCCUUUCAGAGGUGGAGAGGAGUCUGUUGCCUGGGGCCUUCACUCCCUAGAGGGAUCCAGUGCCAGCCGCCUGCCCCUCUGUUUACUGUUCUGGGAGGUGGCCCAGCCAUAAAAACUGUGUGCAGUCUG